AUGAUUUCAUCGCUCACACCACUCCGCAGCUCCCAAGAAGAGCGGGAUGCAACCACAGAUGCCUUUAACGACGACUCGUCGGUAGAACUUCUGCGGCGUGAACUUCGUAUUGCGCGGAAAGAGAACGCGCUCCUACGGCGGGAUAUGUACACAACACUCACCACUAUAGGCCGGUAUCUUGCCCAAUUUGCCGGCAAAAAUAAUGUGCGCCUUAAACUUGACGUCGAUACUGGUGAGGCGGAGAACACGGCGGGGUUGAGUGACAACGAUUCCCCUACUCUCCGCCUUCCUUCCGCAACAAGUGUGUGGGAGCUGUGUGAACGUGGUGCACUCCGUCUUGGUCCCGAGGAGGCGGCGUUGGUGCGAAGCCUCAAUGAGGUUAUCGCAUCCUCCCUGGAGCGUUAUGUCGGCCUGGAGAAGCAGUUCGCCCAGCAAGGUCCUAUCGGCCUGCAACCGGAAAGAGAGGAUAAUGGUGUGAUGAGGCAGCAGCACACGAGCAGUGAAGAAGGAGAGGCCGAUAUGUGA